GGAACCUUCGCUCUAAUAUCAAUUCCAAAAAAAGGAAACUAGGUAACUCAGUACAUACUAAUUCGACUGGAACUCCAAUUUCUCAAUAUUUAUUAAAUAAAUCUAGGUUUAGGGUUUGAUGUGCUUAUAAUCAGAAAAAAUCUUAAAGCGAAAGGUGUGGAGAGCUAAGGUUAAAGAGCAGAAGGAAAAUUCAGAGAGUUGAAAAGAAGAUUAUACGCAUAGAAAUUAAAGAAAACAGAUUAUGGCUCCAAUCAAGUUGGUGAUUAAGUUGAAUGGUCGGCCAAUUUGUAAGCGAAAAUUAGAGAUUGAAGAUCAUAAUGGGCUACAAGAAGAGAAAUCAUCUAAAAAGGAGAAGUUUAUUGCGUCGGGAAAAACUUUGUUUAGUUCUUGAUUUAGAUCAUACAUUACUUCACUCGGUUAAGAUUUCGGAUGUGUCGUUGGAUGAACAUGACUAUCUCAAUGGUAAAUCAGGAUUAAUUACUUGCAUGAAGACUGUUGGGAGACAUAGCUUAUACAACCACAGGGGAAGGUAUACAAGGUUAAGGCCUUAUGUGCGAGAUUUUCUAGAACAAGUAUGCCAGAAAUUCGAGCUUUACGUUUAUACGAAGGGAGAAAGGUGGUACGCUAAAGAGGUGGUCAGAUUGAUUGAUCCUAAAAGUGUUUAUUUUAAGAACAAAGUGAUUUCGAAAGAUGAUUCUACUGUCAGAAAUCGAAAAAAUCUAGACGUGGUGUUGGGAGCAAAUGCAACUAACACGGUAAUUAUCGACGAUACAGAAUCAGUCUGGAAAGAGCACAAAGAUAACAUCAUUCGCAUCAACAAAUUUUAUUAUUUUUCAUCAAGAAAUGGCGGUGGACAUCGAUUAAACAUGGAUAAUGAUGAGUUGGAUGAAGACGACGGUGCCCUCAAAAGAAUCUUAGAAGUUCUGCAGCGUGUUCAUGAGAAGUUCUUUGAAGAGUUCCCUGCCAAGACUGAUGUUAGACCAGUGUUGAAAGCGGCGCUUAAAGAAGUUUCUGCAAAUUGAUUAAUUUCAGUAAUUUAGUUGAUGUUAAAUAAUUUUGUAAUGUAGUUUCAGUGAUUUGGGCUUUCUCUUUUUUAAUUUGUGCAGGAUAUUAUCAUAUGGACUUCUUUGCUUCUGGGUUCUGGGGAGCUUCUGUCCUGUGCGGCUAUAAUAGGCUUAAUCCAAGGAAUGCAUGGUAUUAUGCAUUGUUAUGGUUUGUUUUUCUUUAUGCAACAUCUCCCCUUAUUGCAGCAACCUAACUUGUUUCCAUGUCACCUUUUUCAUCCAUUUGGGUUAAGCAGAAGUUUACUCUUUUCUCCGUGAAAGUCUAAUACUCAUAAUGGGUUCUAUACUUCUCAGAUCUUAGUGCUUGAUUUCUUUCAUAAUAAUUUCUGCAGUUUUAGGAUUCAUUCUUUUGAGGACCCAAGUUGCUUAAGCCGACAAUCAAGCAAUGACUUAUCUUGUAGUGUUGCAGCUUCAGUUUGUCUGGCCUUCCAUGCUACAGUGAUUUGCACAAUUGAUGUCUUAUAAACAAGGAUUUCUUGGUGAGAAAACGAGGCAACGCACGCAGAAGCAAGUUACUAUGAAUAAAAUGCACUUCUUCGAUUUUGGGUUUAGUGCUGCAGCUCCUUUUGAAAGACCUGCACCACCAGGCUAGAAUGAGAUACUCCUUUCUUUAUUAUAUAUUCCUGGUAAUUUUCUCCAAUGCAUUGGUUUCCGGCAUUGAAAGAACUAAAAAGGAAACACUGUCCCACGCCCUGUCUGAUUUGGAUCAGUUACCGUUCUUUGUUGACAGCUUGGAUAAUCCCUGUCUAACAACUUAUGUUUCAGUGUGCAUCUUCACAUAUUGACCCAUUUCUUCUGCUGUAUGAUGACUCAAUCGAGUUAGAGGUUUAAAUGGAGUCUUAACUUUUAACUUGAGGAACCCACUUACCUGAAUAUGAUCAGGAAGAUUUUCAUCUUUAGGCAGAAUGACAAGAAGUAGCUCUCUACCCAUUUCUCUAAGUAAUACUGCGACACUAAGAAACUCAAGGGGAAGUUUCUCCACAUCAAGGCGGAACGUUUGAGUAUCCAUAUGCAUUUCUCUGAAGUUGAUAGUUGGAUUCCAUCCAGUUACAAGUCCCCUACAAUGUGGAGUUCUCACUUGAAGAACAUAAAAAAUGUACUACUUUCAAAUGGUGGACCUGUUACACCUGUAAGUACUUGAUUACAAAGCAACUUUAGUGUUUAUUCACAAUUCUAAAUUUGUACAAAUUUUUAAAUUCUGAAAUAAAAUGGACUUCGGUUUGGCGCUGCUGCUCCUUUUGAAGGACCUGUACUGCCAGACUACCUGGUCAUUUUAGCAUUGAAAGAACUAAAAAGGAAACACUCUGUCCCAUCUGAUUUGGAUCAGUUACCAUUCUUUGUUGAUAGCUUGAAUAACCCCUGUUUAAGAACAUAUGUUUCAGUGUGCAUCUUCAUAUACCGAUCUGUCACAGCAGUAAAUAUCAUUUUCAAGUCUCAAAUAACUUCAGUUGUCUUAGAAUGCAAUCUUAAAAUCUCUUAAAAAUCCAAACCUUAUAAGAACAGGAUGAGAUCAGAUUCAGCAGAUUCCAUUGUAUCCUGUUAAUUAU